CAUCGUUCUAGAAAGCUUAAAUACAGAAAUGGCAGGAGACGCUUCUUCAUUCUUAGGUAUCCUGAAGAACUUGCCUGGCACACAAAUUUAAGUCGAAAAAUCUUGAGAAAGUCUCCACAGUUGGAAAAGUUUCACCAGUUUCUGGUUAGCGAAACCGAAUCUGGAAAUAUCAGUCGUCAAGAAGCCGUUAGCAUGAUUCCACCGCUGUUACUCAACGCUCAUCCUCACCAUAAGAUCUUAGAUAUGUGUGCAGCGCCUGGAUCAAAGACCACACAAUUAAUUGAAAUGUUACAUGCCGACAUGAAUGUCCCUUUCCCAGAGGGGUUCGUCAUCGCGAACGACGUGGACAACAAGCGUUGCUAUCUGCUUGUUCAUCAGGCCAAAAGGCUGAGCAGCCCCUGCAUCAUGGUGGUCAACCACGAUGCGUCCAGCAUACCUAGACUCAAAAUAGAUGUGGACGGGAGGAAGGAGAUUCUCUUCUACGAUCGCAUCUUAUGUGAUGUCCCCUGCAGUGGGGAUGGCACUAUGAGAAAGAACAUCGAUGUCUGGAAGAAGUGGACAACCUUGAAUAGCUUGCAGCUGCAUGGCUUACAGCUGCGGAUCGCGACGCGGGGUGCUGAGCAGCUGGUGGAAGGCGGUAGGAUGGUGUAUUCCACGUGUUCCCUCAACCCCAUUGAGGAUGAAGCCGUCAUAGCCUCUUUGCUGGAAAAAAGUGAAGGUGCUUUGGAGCUUGCUGAUGUGUCAUCUGAGUUGCCGGGACUGAAAUGGAUGCCUGGAAUUGCACAUUGGAAGGUCAUGACGAAAGACGGACAGUGGUUUUCGGAGUGGGAACAGGUGCCUCACAGCAGACACACCCAGAUCCGGCCCACCAUGUUCCCACCAAAGGACCCGGAGAAGUUACAGGCGAUGCACCUCGAGCGUUGUCUUAGGAUAUUACCACAUCAUCAGAAUACCGGAGGGUUCUUUGUGGCAGUGUUAGUGAAGAAGUCGUCAAUGCCGUGGAAUAAACGUCCUCCAAAGAUACAGGGUGAGCCGCUGGUGGAGCCCAGAGAGCCUGUGCGGUCCAGGCCUGCACACCCUGCGGAAGGAGCAGCUGUGGACCCCGCCGAGCCAGAGAGUAAACCUGCCAGUGGGAUGGAUGACACAGACAUCACAGAAAGAUCUGAGAACGUAGAGAACAGUGGAAGUAAGAAGGACGGAGUGUGCGGUCCUCCUCCAUCUAAGAAAAUGAAGUUGUUUGGAUUUAAAGAAGAUCCGUUUGUAUUUAUUCCUGAAGAUGAUCCGUUAUUUCCACCCAUCCAGAAGUUUUAUGCGUUGGAUCCUUCAUUCCCAAAGAUGAAUUUGUUGACUAGGACUACGGAAGGGAAGAAGAGGCAGCUCUACAUGGUCUCCAAGGAGCUGAGGAACGUGCUGGUGAACAACAGCGAGCGGAUGAAGGUUAUAAACACGGGGAUAAAAGUGUGGUGUCGGAAUAACAGCGGUGAAGAGUUUGAUUGCGCUUUUCGGUUGGCACAGGAGGGAAUAUACACGCUGUAUCCAUUUAUUAAUUCAAGAAUUAUCACUGUAUCCAUAGAAGAUAUCAAAAUUCUAUUAACCCAGGAAAAUCCAUUUUUUAGAAAACUUAGCAGUGAGACCUACAGCCAAGCCAAGGACUUGGCCAAGGGGAGCAUUGUCCUGAAGUACGAGCCAGACCCUGCGAAACCAGACACCCUUCAGUGUCCCAUUGUGUUAUGUGGAUGGCGGGGAAAGGCCUCCAUUCGGACUUUUGUGCCCAAGAACGAGCGGCUUCAUUAUCUCAGGAUGAUGGGGCUGGAGGGGUUGGCAGAAAAGAAGAAGGAAGGGACUGUCGUGGCUCAGGAGAGUACCGACAGCUCUGGGCUGCCGGAGGACGAGGUGAGUGCCGAGCACGGAGCGGAGCAGGCCACCAGCGCGGAUGCCAGCGAGGACACCAGCGCGGACACCAGUGAGGACGCCGGUGUGGACCCCGCCUCGGAUCCCUCAGGCCCUGCCCCCGGGGAGGCCGUCCUGCCACGAUGAGGAGGUCCCUGCGAGGAGGCCCCGGGACCGUGUGGGCAGCCCAGUGUUCCUCUGCGGUGUCCCAGGCCAGACCCAGAACUUCUGACCUGUAAAGUACAGGACGUGGAGGCUGGAGACGGAUGGAAUGGUGGAAGAGUCGCGAACGAUCUCAGUACUGCUUUCGUAUAUUUUUUAGCUUUGUUAGAAGUUGCUCAUUAUACUGUUUGUUUUGCGAAUCUGGGCCCGUUUUGUCUGUGGCCAGCGGUAGACUAUUGCCGUUAGUCUUACUUACUCUUAAGAAACAAAACUGCCCUUGCGGGAAUGUUCAGGUUCCUUUUGUUAUGCCUUUAUUGGUCUGUGGUCUGGUGUUUCUUUUAAUUAUUAUUUAUAGAGAGAAUCUAUAACUCAUUGUGGGCCGUUGGAAGACAUCCUGUAAACGUUAACAAUUGUGUGAAGUUGCACAUUAGUGGUGCGACAUUAACACGCGGUGGGUUAGCAUCUGAGGUCUCAGAUGGCUUCUGUGCCUUUGUAACAAAAGGUAAAAUAAACUCUUUUUUCUCGGAGUAAGA